CGUCAGGGGUCGCCGCAGCCUCUCAUCAUUUUCCAACUGUAACAGACACUGCCCUCGUGUCCUCUCUCACGACGUCACAAACUUCUUUUCCCGUCUGGAAGCAGUCGAGGCUCGUCUACCGGGAAACACCAGCCAAUCACGGAACAGCGGCGCGUGUGACGGAACCAAUGAUAUUGGAGCAGGGCGCGUCCUGCCUAGACGCAGCGUGGGAAUCCCAAGAACGCGGAGGCGAGUGAGGACGAACAGGCUAAAGGCGAAAGGCUAAUCGCUCGCCGCUCGCCGCUGAGCAUGCGCACACGGGUCAAGCACUCGCGCACAGGUGAGUGACAGCAGCAGGAUGUCCCUCCCGCCGCCGCCGCCGCCGCCCUUCGCUCAGGCCAACCGGCAGAGCCCGGAGGAAGUCGAAGGUGGCCCCGCCCACCUGCUCCCGGACCUCAGCCGAGGCACAGAUCACCCCUACUUCCGCCUGUACCAGUACCUCCACCAGGGGGCGCCGCACAAGAAAGAUUGCGCGGCCGGUGGAGCGCCGUUGCCCCGCCCCCCGCCCAAUCAUCACCGCGACGACGUUCCGAGCCCGCCCUCGCCCCCUCCUCCGCGUCAGAGUCGCCGAGGCCAGGCCCCCUCCCCGCCGGCAGCUCGCGACCGAAACGAGCCCCUCCCGCUGGAGCUUCUGCAGCGACGUGCCUCCCCCGGGAGCAAGGGGGCCUCGCCGUCGCCGGGAGCCCACCCGCCUACCAGAGGUCCCGCCCCGCCCCCUCCGCCCGCCUCUCCCGCCCGCAGGCCGACGCCCCCCCCAGCCGGCAGAGAGGCCCCGCCCCCUCCUCCGUGCCCCUCCCAGUCGUCUGAGCCCCCCGUCAGGGGUAAACCUCCCCCCCCGCCUCCGCCCCCUCUCCGCCGUGGACUGGCCUCCUCCAUCAUUCCUUGUCUGGCCGACGACUUUGAGUCCAAAUAUUUGUUCCAUCCGCUGGACGACUUCCCUCCUCCGGACGAGUAUCGACACGUUGCCAAGAUCUACCCCAGCAAGGCCUACUCAGCCGUGCGAGGGGCCCCCCCUUUGCCCCCGGUGGGCCGGUGAAGACGACAUCUCGUCCUCCCCGCGGGAAAGACCAUCGAAGGGAAGUCGCCGAUCGGAUGAGACGCUUCGCCGGCUUCUUCCUCCUCCUGGGCGGCCGGAGCCUCGGCGACGGCGCGUCACGUGACUGCUCGGACUCGCCUUUUCAACACAUUAUGCGUUCAUGUCGUGCCCUCGCUAGGCUAACAUUGUCACACCGCUAACUGCUCAACCGUGUCACUUGCUAGGCUAACGUUAAAACCUCGUCACGUGAACGCGGCGGCAUCGCCUACGCUCGUGUCAUUUUACUCAACUCAAAUUGUCACAUCGUUAGGCCAAAGUCACAUUAAGUAGGUGUGGAACCAAAAAAACUCAUGAAAUUGCCAACAUUGGAAAGAGCUUUGAAAACAUUUUCAAAUAUGACUUAAAUGAUCUCAAGUAACAUAAAAGUUAUGGCCAUUUAAAGAUUGGGAAUAUGAGCUGAUUAUGGUAUUGGUAAAGCUUAAUUAGGAUCUUCAAAAUGUCAUAACCUUUUUGUUUCUCAACAGAUUUUCCAUGAAAUUUCAAUGAUAGCUUGGCUGAAGCAUCACCAUUUGCACUUAUUUUGAUAAUUGCAACAAAUCCGGCUAAUUUACCCAUUUUGCAGUGCGACCAACACAUAAAACAUAAAUGAAGUACUUUCGAAAAAAACAUACACGUAGCAAAAGGUUUAGCUUGAGGUUUUAAACUGAGAAAAUUCUUGAAUCAAAAGUACUACAACAAUUUUAAAAGACGGAAAGGCAGACGAGGCCAUCAGCAAGCGUUUCGGUGCAAUAAUAAACAAGCCUCGUGGCCUCGUACACGCAAAAUAGUGACGCCCGUCGUGCUCCGGAUAGUUUCUUCAUACGAUCCAUCGCGCAGCACAAUGAACGGCCCACAUUAGGCUAACCUCAGCAUGUCGCUAGACUAAUGCGCCGUACUCGGCUAGCGUUGUCAAAUUGCUGUGCUAAUGUCACAUCACUAGCGUAAUGUCAUUCUGUUGUUUCGCUAAACUCGCUAGAGCAACACGUCGGCGUCACCGGGCCGAGCUAACGCGGUCGCGUCGCUAGGCUGAUGCGGCGACCCGGAACUUUCUGGAAGAAUUUCAGCGGGCUGGACGAGAAGUGGAGAGUUGCUUGAUUUGUCGUCCUCUCCGUGUUUCUUUGUGGCGUGCGUUUUCAGAUUGACCCUGAAAGGUCAUUUUUUACCGAGCGGGAUUUGAUUUGCUCGGUAUUUCCUGUGGCCAUGUGACAUCAAGCUGUAUUCGUGAUAAUUCAAACAAGAAGCAGUCGAGUAAAUGAUGAAAGCCCGUUCGCUGUGGUUCAUAAACGAUGUCAUCCUCUCUUUGUCAUUUUCAAAGCGAGCAAAAUCAAUAAAGUUGUUUGACGAUUCCACUCACAAGAUCGACUCGGUCCAUUAUUUUUCGUGCACACCCCUCCUGACCGGGCCCAGAAGAG